AUGCUCUUGCCUUCAAUGUUGCUGCGCCCCUUAGAGCUGCAUAUAUCAAGAAAAUACCACGUUGCGAUAUUUCAAUUAAGAAAUAAAAUAAUCGGCCAUUCCUUAAAAAAUCUUUCCAACGAGGAAAUUAAUAUGAAAAAGUGGUGGUUAAGAUACAAGCCUGAUAUGGGUACUCUUCAUUUGUGGAAAUGUUAUUAUGUUCGUCUGCAAUGCUUGGAUCCGGAGUGUCGUAUCAGUAGGCUUCGCAGAGUUAGCUUGGUGAUCGGUGGUCUGUUGUGGGAUCUACAUGUAAUCCAGUUCUUGAGCUUUGGCUGCUUGCAGUUCUGUUUCGGGGGUAUCGAUCGGGGUAAAUUGGCGGUUGGGCAUCUCUAUUCGGCAGCAUUGUGA